AUGGGCAUUAAAGGGCUCCAUGGUCUUCUCAAGUCAAUUCAAAAACCAUGUCAUUUAAAAAAGUUUAGCGGACAAACCCUUGGUAUCGAUGCAUAUGGAUGGCUGCAUCGUGGUACAGUCGCCUGCGCGGUGGACUUGGUCUUGGACCGGCCGACGACCAAACAUGUCGAUUUCGUGCUCAACCGCGUCCGCAUGUUGCUUUAUUUUGGGGUGACCCCAUAUCUUAUCUUCGACGGUGACGAUCUACCAAGUAAAGCCGGUACCGAGUCAGAUCGACACCAACGGCGUCAGGAAAGCAAAACCCUUGGGUUGGAACUGCAACGGAAGGGGAGGACAGCAGAAGCGUAUCAAGAGUUUCAGAAAGCAGUGGAUGUGACCCCUUUAAUGGCUCGUCAAUUGAUCGACGAGCUGAAAAAGAUGGACGUUCAGUAUGUGGUGGCUCCGUAUGAGGCAGAUGCACAACUCGUAUACCUUGAGCGCCAGGGCAUUAUCAAUGGUAUCAUAUCAGAGGACUCUGAUUUGCUAGUGUUCGGUGCCAAAAGAUUGUUGUCCAAGCUAGAUCAGCAUGGCGACUGUAUUGAGAUUAACCGAGCAGACUUUACAGCUUGUCGCGAAGUCAGUCUUAUAGGAUGGACUGACGCCGACUUUAGGCGCAUGCUGGGGCUGAAAACUGCCUACCGGUGUAUUCGCAAAUACAAGAAUGUUGAGAAGGCGCUACGGAUGCUUCAAUUUGAGGGCCAGUACCAUGUCCCCUCGAAUUAUCUGGAGAAUUUCAAACAAGCGGAGCUCACCUUCCUUUACCAGAGAGUAUUUUGCCCCCGAGCUGGAAAGCUCGUCACGCUGACUCCACCGGAAGAUGAUGUGAACCUGGAAGAAUUACCGUACAUCGGCGGUGAUGUGGAGCCUGGGCUUGCAGUGGGAGUCGCUUGUGGUGACUUGGAUCCAGCAACCAAAGAACCACUGGUCUUGAGGCCUGCUGCGGGCAAGGCCAUGCCUGGCAUCCAACGUCGCCAGACGCUCGGGUCAUCCGCCGAACUGAAGCCAAACAAGCCCAUCAGCUCGUUCUUCACUCCGAAACGGACUCCUUUAGCUGAGUUGGAUCCAAAUAGUCUCUCUCCGUCUCCCAGCCAGCAGAGGCUACUACAACGGCAUGCCAAUGCGUCAUGGGAGAGCAGUCCGGUUACGCCCCGGCCGGGCAUCGUCCGAUCCGCGACUGUGAAUAGGCUAUCGAGCCCACUAGUUAGGAGUGUGGAGCGAAACUCUUUCCUGGCCCAUGCCUCUAGAGCAUCUACCUUGCAGCCCACCAAGCGGCAACGACUUUGUUCCGAAACGGACGAGGCCAACCUUCCAAGUCUUCCAGAUUGCCGCAGCCGCUUCUUUGCUCACUCCCCGGGUGAUUCAAGCCCGAGUGGUGUCAAGGUUACGCGAAGCAAAAAAGCACGGAAGUCAGCUGUGGAUGUAUUUUCUGAUGAAGUAGCCGAGGGCAUCAUGACACAAAUUGCAGGUUCGUCAGAGACUGCGAACCGUUGCAAGGACAAGCCUCAAACGCGGAAUGAGCCUCGCGAAGGCGGCCAUGAAGAAGCGACUCUACCAACAACAUUUACCACAUCGGAAGACCCGGCAAUUGUGAAAGAGCAAGUCCUUGCAGACGAGAGACAGUUAAGUGCCGCAACUCCAAGUAAAGCUUCCGUUAGCGAGGACUCGAAUCCGGAAGUGUCUCGUCAGGUCCUGGACGACAAUAUUGCCAAGCAAAGUUCUUCUCUGUUGUCUCAGUUUACUUUCCAAGCUGCGGAAGGGAAUACUAGCCCCAACGUGGAUACCUUGCAAACAAAAGAUUCUCAAGCUCAUCGACCGCUUAUUUCUAGAUCGCCCUCUAGGGUGAAAGCUGGGGUGGCCCGCAGUCCUUCUAGGCGGCAACGCUUGACACCUUUGCAACGGCUCGGCCAGACGGCACUGGCCCGGUCACGAUCUCUGAACUUCACCCCUUCUCUUUCAACAUCAAGUGCCCUGGGCAGGAACAUCGAGGCAAGCACCUCCCAGGCAAACCCGAUCCCUGCCACAUGCCCCCCUGCUCAAGGAAGUGAAGACAUGAUUGUUCCCGAUAGUGAAGAAGAGGAUGUCGAUGGUGACGAAACUAGUCACGCCCGGACGCCUGUUACAUUCAGUCUUCAGCGCUUCUCAUACACAAACCAGUGA